AUAACAAAGCCUCUUGCGUUAUCAGUGUAGCAUACAGAGCCCCCAAGCGAAGCAAGCGAUAAUAAGCAGCAUGGCUUUGAUCUCCUCGACGCGUUCUUUCCUCACCGGAAGCCCUCUUUCGCCCUUCCCCAAGCACAAGAAGGCGCUACACAGGGCGCCUCUGGUGGCCUGCAGGUGCUCCGUCGACGAUGUCUCAUCAAGUGGGAAAAGUGAGGCGAGAUUGGCCAAACUGGCGAUGGUCACAUUGGCAGCUGGGAUGCUGGCUCUUGGUAGUGUGGAUCCGGCGGCGGCUGCGAAGUCCGGCGGCAGAGUUGGCGGCCAGGCCUUCCGAUCUGCGGCUCCUAGGGUUUCCGGCCCUCGGAUUAACAACUCAAGGACAAACAUCUACGUCAAUCCCCCAAUCGCCCCGCCACUUUUUGGCGGGUAUGGCUAUGGUGCACCGUUCUACGGUGGAUGGGGUUGGUCACCAUUCACAUUCUUCGCGCCAGGGCCGGGCAUCGCAGUAGGCGUGGGUGGUGGCUUUGAUGUUUUUGUUACAUUUCUAGUGCUUGGUGCCAUUGCAACUGUGAUCCGAAGGGUUUUUGGGAGCAAGGAUUAUGAAGAUGAUGACUAUUGAUGUAUCUUCCAACUGGUGUUAGUAAAUAUAUGCAAGGAAAAAAAAUUGCUUUAAUGGUGCCAUAAUUUUGGGGAAUGUAAUUGUUGUAUAGCAGAUCUUUAUAUUGAGUAACUUCUUGUGAUGUAAGCAAUAAGCCCAUGCAAUCUUUAUAUUGAUAUGCACGGGAAUUCUACAACAAAUGAUUUUGAAAA